AUGGGAAGCACGGCUCCACCAUCGACAUUGAGGAUCGCCGCUGCGCAAUAUGAACCUGAAUGGCUGGACUUGCAAGCCUCGGUCAAGAAGACAUGUUCCAUCAUCACCGAAGCAGCAAAGAAAGGUGUAAAAGUUCUAGCAUUCUCCGAGGCCUUUAUCCCCGGGUACCCAGCAUGGAUUUGGCACCGCCCCGUCGACCCUGUCUUGUCGACCAAGUACAUCCAAAACUCCUUGACCGUGGAUUCGGAGGAAAUGCGCACGAUUCAAGACUGUGCGGCGAAGAAUGGCGUCGUCGUGGUUCUGGGAUUUUCCGAGAACGACGAUAAUUCUGUCUACGUUGCCCAGGCCAUCAUUGACACCGAUGGCAAGCUGCUCAUCAAGAGGCGAAAACUCAAGCCAACACACAUGGAGAGGACGAUCUUUGGUGACGCGUCGGGAAAUAGUUUGAUCAAUGUGGCUUCGACGCGCGUGGGAAAGCGAGUGGGAUCGCUGGCGUGUUGGGAGCAUUGCCAGCCGUUGUUGAAGUAUCAUACGGCAACUCAGAGGGAGGAUAUUCACGGCGCCGGGUGGCCGCCGUUGGCUCCUCAUACUGGACCUGAGCUUUGGUCCAUGUCGAUGGAAGGAUGUCUGAAUCUGUCCCGAACAUAUGCAAUCGAGACCCAGACUUUCGUUCUUCAUGCAACCACCGUCAUUGGACAUAAAGGGAUUGAAGCGAUGGGAACAGGCCAGGCAACGCUCAUGAACACGCCGGGUGGAGGUUACUCGGCUGUCAUUGGACCCGAUGGUCGGAUGCUCUCCGAACCCCUGGAUCCGAAGUCCGAAGGGCUGGUCGUUGCGGACGUUGAUACUAGCAUGGCUCUCAUGGCCCGCAGUUUCUUGGAUAUUUGCGGUCAUUAUAGCAGGCCGGAUUUAUUGUGGUUGGGUUGUGAUACGAGGGAACGAAAGCAUAAGGUCGACACGCCAGGUGCCUCGACGAUGGAGGAGAAGGUGGCCGAGGAAUGA